AUGAUGCCUUCCCUGACUUCGUUCGUCCUGAUCGGUCUUGCCCUCGCUGGGUCCGUUAGCGCUGAAGAUUGCUCCACCGAAGCGCUUAUGAAGCUUGCGAGCAGCACCAACCUUGCUGGCUGCACCGCCGACACCGGUGUGAGCGUUUCGACCAUUUCGACCUUGACAAUGGACCAGGUCAUGGCUGUUUGCCAGAGUUCCUCGUGUAUGGGGCUAAUGGACGACGUGGCGUCGGCAAACCUUGGCGAUUGCACAAUCCCUGGCUCCAAUGUUUCAGUGCAGAGCGACAUCCUCGAUCAAGUUGGGUCCAUGUGCAGCGGAAGCGGAACAAUGGGAUCAAUGGCGGCGGGAUCUUCGUCAUCCUCAAACGGUGGCACCAACGUCGGUGAUGAGUCGGGAACCAGCUCUUCUAGCAGUGACAAGGCCACCGGCGGCUCCAGCUCCACAAGUGGAGCUGGCAACACGGCUGGAACUGUGACAAUUGGAUUUGCCUCCGCCGUUGUGGCGGUUGCCAUGAUACUGAUGUAG